UUUGACGUCAUCCGUAGGCGCCGACUGUGGUUCGUCGUUAGUUUGCGUUAAUGGCGAACGAAAAGUCGGCGUUCAGCAGCUGAAAUUAUUACCGGCGUUAGUAUGUCUGCAAAGAUACAUUAAUGAUAAUCCAUUAGGAGCAGCACGGGGUCGGUCGUUUGUACCAAUGCUAGGCGGUCCGCAGGCUGGCCGGUCCCGGCGAUCCCGCUUGGAGGUUUAAAGUGUCUGCAGCUGCUAGCUGCUAGCAGUGACGUGGAGCUUCACUGAUCAUAGGACCAGAAUGGAUGACAUCAACCUGCACUACAGAUUUUUGAACUGGCGACGGAGGAUCCGCGAGAUCCGGGAGGUGCGGGCUGUCCGAUUCCAGGAGAGGUACAAGAGGAUGCUGAAGGAUGGGGACACACUCAGUUACCAGGGCAACUCGGAUGAAGUUGGCUGCUAUGUGGCUCCGCGACCGCUGUCCAAAGGGAACUGCUACUUUGAGGUGACCAUCGUGGACACGGGAGUGAGGGGGACUAUUGCGGUGGGUCUGGUGCCGCAAUUCUACAAGCUGGACCAGCAGCCGGGCUGGCUGCCGCACUCUGUAGCCUACCACGCCGAUGACGGCAAGCUGUACAAUGGCAACACUGUAGGACAGCAGUUUGGACCCAAAUGUAACCGUGGCGACCGCAUUGGCUGUGGAAUUUACCUGGACUCCUUCGAGACAGGACCCACUACGGUGUUUUUCACCAAAAAUGGCAAGGAGGUGGGCUCGGUGGUGGUCCCCGCCUCCUCGGACGGCCUCUUUCCCGCCGUGGGCAUGCACUCACUGGGCGAGGAGGUGCGGCUGGACCUGCAGGCGGAGUGGGGCUCAGACGAGGACGACAGCGCCAUGAUGGUGGACAGCCACGAGGACGAGUGGAGCCGGCUGCACGACGUGCGGGUCAGCGGCACGGUGUUGGAGUACACGGGUAAGGGCAAGAGCAUCAUGGACGUGGGUCUUGCCCAAGCACGUACUUCCCUCAGCCCAAGAAGCCAUUACUUUGAGGUGGAGAUUGUGGAUGCCGGAGAAAAGUGUUACAUCGCCCUGGGAUUGGCGCGAAGGGACUAUCCCAAGAACAGGCACCCCGGAUGGAGUCGUGGCUCUGUGGCCUACCACGCAGAUGAUGGGAAGAUCUUCCAUGGCAGUGGAGUUGGGGAUCCAUUUGGCCCACGCUGUUUUGAGGGCGAUGUCAUGGGCUGCGGAAUCAUGUUUCCACGAGACUACAUUCUGGACAGCGAAGAUGACAGCGACGACGGCGAUUCUGUGGAGGUGCGUCCCAAACAGAGAAGAGUCCAGAACGUGCUGUACCUCAACUAUGAGGAUGAGGAGGAGGAGGAUGGCGAGGAGAUGGAACAGGAGCAUGAAGGCAGGAAGGUCAUGGUGUUCUUCACCCGAAACGGAAAGAUCAUUGGCAAGCGGGAGGUGGUAGUUCCGUCCGGUGGGUUCUACCCAACCAUCGGCAUGCUGAGCAGCGGGGAGAAAGUGAAGGUCGACCUGCACCCCCUGAGUGGCUGAGCGCAAGAAAUGGACGGGGGGGGGGGGGGGACAUGAGCACUAUACACUGUCUACAGAGCACCGAGCCAAGGAACUGGGCUGUCACGCCGCCGCUUUGUGCCCUCAUAGCGCUUAGCUUCACCUCCACCUCUUACAUAUAGCUUUCCCUCUUUAAAGAUGGCGGUUUCUGACUCCUGUUUUGCUCAGUGCCAUUAAGAUUAUAUCUUUUUGUAGCAAUUAAUAGCAGGAGAGAGAGAGAAUUAUUUUUUUAAGUUGUUAUUUUAAAUAGAAUUGAAUAAUUGACAUGCCACAAGUUAGAAAAUUACCCAAAUUCAUCAUAAAUUGAUAAGUUACUGAAAUACGUGAAAUAUGUCCGACUAAUGGAUACAAAGAUCAAAAUCUGCUAUAUCUAUUCUGGCCACUAGGUGUUCCCAUUUCUCUGCUGUGGCUGAAGCAUGUUGUUUGGCUCCGUGUCGUUCAUUAAGUUGGUCACCGGUAACAGUCAGUGUUCGAGUUACAGCAGCUGCAGUUGUAUUUAUUUUUUUUAUAGAUUCUUGAGGUGGGGUGAAAAAUAUAUCGUUAAAUAUGUCAAUUAAAUAUGUGUAUAAAUAAAAUAUAUAGAAAUCUAUUUUUGAAUGCACUUACAAAUACUGUAAAUGUAACCCUCUUAGCACUGUGGGAAACGGCAUAUAGAUCCACAUGCAUGUUGUAAUGAUCCUGACUGUGCAGGAAGUGCUGGGAAAUUGACCCAGCACUGUUGCCAAUAAUCUCAGGCUGGUGGUUGGUCACCAGCGAGGACUUGGCUGUCUGUGCCUUCCACUGUGCUAUAAGUCAGGAUUACAGGAAUCGGGGGUCCUGGCCGUCUGGCGCUGUGGCCUUUUGGGUAGAUCGUAGCCGUACGUUGGCCGAGUCUUUGCAGUCCUUGCUGCACACAGACACUUCUCUCCAUUAACCUGGUCACUAGUGUCUUAUCUCUGCUUUUUUAUUUGGAGAGAGAAGCAGUAGGAUGUCUGUGACCAUGGAGGAAGGGCUGAUGGAGAAACGCUGGAGACCCUCCUGCAGCUUGAAAGCUGGGCUUUAGGUGCUUUUUAGUUCCUUUCCAGUCAUUGUAUUUUACAUUGAUAUUAUAAUCAAAAGAGAAUCAGUAGGAUUAUUUAAUUCACAUUAAAUAUACAUCUAAUCGUAAAGGUUCUAUUAUCCACACUAUGAAUGUUGUUUUAAAAAAACAUUGACAAAACCAGUUAGGUUGAUAUUUUGCCAUUUUCUAUGCUUGUAUGUAUGUCUGAAAUAUAAAUUCAUGAUGUUUUGCUGUUAGAAGUACAUUAUGGACGGAUGUCUCUCUUUUUCUGUAAUAGUACUUAAUCUUACUCAUUUCAAGGUCUUGUCACCUAAAGGGCGAAUUCACACACUGAAAGGGAACAUUCAAAACAGCUCCUUGUUUAAAAUAUUUUUGGUUCAUGAUCAUUCAAUUUUAUUAGCACAGGAAUCUUACACUGCAGUCGUCUUUUUGUCAAGUUAGUGCACUUCUCAGAACACAAACAUGACAAAACACACUAUAUUGCUGUUACUCAUUCACCUGAUUUUGGAGAGUUGGUCUGAACUGCAUCUGCGAUGAUUAUGGAAACACAAAGCACUGAAAGUUAAUGUGUAGACUGGCGUCUGCAUUGGAUUGUGGGGGGGAAAAGUUGUGCACACCUGCAUGGUGUGACUGGAGGAGGUCUCUGACCUCCAGAGGUGCCUUUCACAGAGCUACAUGUUCUUGCUGUAGGGCAUUAGAGUGCUGGAGCCCCACGGUGUGACUGACUCCUGGUCCCAUGUGGGCAGAACUGUCCAUUUGCACCAGCAGUUGAUAGCCUGCGUGAAUCAGCAGCUGGAGCACAAGCAAGCAGAGUGUCCGUCUAUGGCUCCCUACAGCAUGGAAAUCUGUUCCUAUGGGAACUGCUGUUUGUCAAAUAAAGAUGGUUAUUUCCAUAAAA